CGGGGACGGUGACGUCAUCGGGCCGGAAGUGGGGAAGCGCGCGGGCCGGCGGGAGCGGGUGUGGAGCGCGUUACCAUGGGAGCGAGUGGAGAGAAGGAGAACCAGGGCCGCGGCCUGCAGCAGGACCCCGAGCAGCUCAGCGCGAACCCUUGGAACAUCAUGAUCAAGCACCGUCAGGUUGCCCGUAGGGGUCGUCGAUCACAAAUGGCAGUAAGUUUUACAGAUCCAACCAUAUCCAUGGAUUUGUUACGAGCUGUUCUGCAGCCUCACAUUAAUGAGGAAAUCCAUGCAGUUAUCAACAAGUACACAAAGUUUUUCCAAAAGGCAGCAUGGAAUGUGAAGGAGAAUGUUGGGGAAGAAGUGGAUCCAGACCAAUUGGUGCAAGAAACCUGUAAGAACUGCUUAGAACAGGCAAAGAUGAUGUAUUCGGAUGAUGAGAAGACAAUUGCCAAACCAGUUGGAGAAAAUUCCGUCAUGAAGCGUGCAAGACAAACGGAGGAUGACACAAAUCUGCGGGGAAGUCCUGUACCAAAGAAGCGGAAAGGACGUCCCCCCGGACACUUGGUUUCAUUUGAGCGGACGACACAGAGUGUCCCAGUAUCAAAGGCAAAGAUCUGUGACCCAAUCAAACGUGAAGGACCAAAGUGGGACCCGGCUAGAUUGAAAGAAGCGACAACCUUUGUGCUUGGAUCUCGUGCUAACAAAGCCUUGGGAAUGGGCGGCACUCGUGGUCGAAUCUACAUCAAACAUCCUGAACUCUUUAAGUAUGCUGCUGACUCCCAUGAUAAACACUGGCUUUCAGACAAACAUCAUAUGCCAGCAACAGGGGGGAAGAUGGCCUAUCUGCUGCUGGAAGAUGACAUUCAAGAGCUUGCAGCCAGUGAAGACUACAGAGGCUGCCCGGAGCUGAGAAUGGAAGAACUCAAACCCUUUGGUGUUCCCAACUGGAUGCUGGAGAAAAUGCAGAAGUAUAUGAUCUCUGUCCGAACAGAAAAAGAAUAGAGAGUAGGGUAGAGACCUGCUCCAUUGGAAGGAGACAGUCGCAGCAUUCAGUGAAGUAGUUAACAUUUUGAGGACUGAAUGUCUGCAUCAAGAGUUUUCCUUUAAUGAAUCCUGAACACAGGAGAUGGCUAUUACUGCUGGCAACUGCCAAGUACAUAAUGGCAAUGAGCACAGGAAACCUAUUCUAGGAAUCUGAAGAAUUUAGAUCACCUAUUAUGUAUUAAAAGUUGCAGCAAUAUUC